CCGGAACUUGACUCAGUGGCCACUCAGGAAAAAGGCCGUUUUGGUGUAUACGCAUUCGGAUAACAUUUCAAGAUGAUCUCUAGUCCUAUUCAAAUUCUGAGGGUCGGAGGGCUUACGUUACCCAGUUCGCACCUGCACCGCAGAGCCGUUUCCUGAAGGGGCUUUUUUUUUUGGCAUUUGACGGACAUGAAGACUCGACCUGCUGGGAUCGGGAAUGUCAAUGCAGAUUGGAUGGGCUCCCUGCCCCCCAAACUCUGUGUCAUGCCCCUUAAACAUCUUGCGAUUCCAGGGUCCCAUGACUCGUUCACCUAUUGGGUAGAUGUACAUGCUCCUGUAGGUCCUGAUCAAAAGGUCUAUGUCAAAUACUUGGCCACCAUGUUUAGCGUUUUAGCCAAGAAGGUCAUGGUGAAGUGGUCCAUGACCCAGAACCUGACUUUUAAGGAGCAACUGGAUGCAGGCAUUCGCUACUUUGACCUCAGGGUUUCGUCCAAACCAGGCGAGCCGGGGCUGGAGAUAUUCUUUAUCCAUGGGCUGUUUGGACACAAGGUGAGGGACGGGCUCCGAGAAAUCAACGCCUUCUUGUGUGAGCACAGGACAGAGGUCAUCUUCCUGGAUUUUAAUCACUACUACAAGAUGAGCUCACAACACCACGAAUACCUCAUCAAGAUGCUUCAAGAAGUAUUCGGCAAUAAGCUCUGUAAAAACUGUGACGUGGAGACCAUCACUCUGGACUACCUCUGGAAAAGCAAAUACCAGGUGAUAGUUUUCUACCAUCAUCCAUCAGGUGAAGGCGUCCCUGCCAUGUGGCCUGGCAGCAAGAUCCCCGCACCAUGGGCAAACACCACUGAACCCGGCAAGCUCAUCCAGUUUCUGGAAACCACACUGAAGCAAAGAGCCAAGAAGGGUUCGUUCCACGUGUCCCAAGCCAUCCUCACACCUCGGGUCAACACUGUGGCAAGAGGACUGGUUUGGGGGCUACGGAAUUAUUUGGUGGAAAGAAAUCUCCCAGCCAUCAUGUCCUGGGUGGAGGUCCAGAAGCCCGGAUUGGAUGGCGUCAACAUUAUCACUUCUGACUUUGUGGAACUCACUGACUUUGCCAACAUUGUCAUCAGACUCAACAACUCGUUGUUGUCUCAACACGAACGUAAAGACAGAUGACAAAGGUGUGUUGACGGGUACCCAAGUCUUCUCUGUCUUAUUUUGGCAACUCUCUACUUGCGAAUUCACCUAGUUACUAUUUUUGUGCUUAAUAGUGCAUACUUUUGGUGCCAAGGAUCUACCUAUGAUGUAGUGAAAGGGGGAACUUUAUUAAAACAAAACGCCGAUGUUUCUAAUUGGGGAAAAUGGUAUUGAUUUUUGGAUCUGUGGAACAGAUUGUAAAUCACCUCAAAAUGAGGUAAAAUGGAUAACAUAAAAAUAGGAAUUCAAAACGUUGCGAGGGAUAGUAAUAUUUUAAGAAGGGGGACUGACCGGAGGGUGUGUUCCAAUUAUAGAAGGAUCACACUCCUCAGUUUUCCUGGUAAAGCGUAUUCAGGUGCUGGAGAGGAGGGUGCGUCGGGAAGUCGAAUCUCAGAUACAGGAGGAGCAGUGUGGUUUUCGUCCCGGCUGUGGAACAGUGGACCAGCUCUACACCCUUACCAGGGUCCUCGAGGGUGCAUGGGAGUUCGGCCAACCGGUCGACAUGUGUUUUGUGGAUUUGGAGAAGGCAUUCGACUGUGCUCCUACGGGAGUCCUGUGGGGGGUGCCUUGGGAGUACGGGGUACUGAGCACCUUAGUAAGGGCUGUUUGGUCCCUGUACGACCGGCAUCAGAGUUUGGUCCACAUUGCUGGCAGUUAAGUCCAAUUUGUUCCCAGUGAGGGUUGGACUACAUCAGGGUUGUCCUUUCUAACUGAUUCUGUUCAUAACCUUUUAUGGAUUGAAUUUCUAGGAGCAGCCGAAGCGUUGAUGGGGUCUGGUUUGGUGGUAUCAGCACUGCAUCUGUGCUUUUUGCAGAUGAUUUGGUGCUGUUGGCUUCAUCCAUCCGUAAUCUCCAACUCUCCCUGAGCUGUUCGCAGCCGUGUGUGAAAAGGUUGGGAUGAAGAUCAGCACCUCCAAAUCCGAGACCGUGGUCCUCAGUCGGAAAUGGGUGGUGUGCCCUCUCCGGGUCGGGGAUGAGAUUCUGCCCUAAGUAGAGGAGUUUAAGUAUUUUGGGGUCUUGUUCACGAGUGAGGGUUAGAGGGAGCGGGAAAUCGACAGGCAGAUCGGUGCAGCGGCUGCAGUGAUGCGGACUCUGCAGCGCUCCGUUGUGGUGGAGAAGGUGUCCUCUUGGGGGUGCUUCGGGAGUACAGGGUACCGAGCCCCUUGGUAAGGGCUGUCCGGUCCUUGAACGACCAGCGUCAGAGUUUAGUCCACAUUGCCAGCAGUAAGUCGAAUUCGUUCCCAGUGAGGGUUGGACUCCGCCAAGAUUGCCCUUUGUCACCGAUUCUAUUCAUAAGUUUUAUGGACAGAAUUUCUAGACGCAGCCGAAGCAUUGUAGGUGUCCGGUUUGGUGGCAUCAGCAUUGCAUCUCAUCUUUUUGCAGAUGAUGUAGUGCUGUUGGCUUCAUCGAGCUGUGAUCUUCAACUCUCACUGGAGCAGUUCGCAGCCGAGUGUGAAACGGUUGGGAUGAAGAUCAGCAUCUCCAAAUCCGAGACCGUGGUCCACACUCGGAAAAGGGUGGUGUGUUCCGGGUCGGGGAUGAGAGUUGAGGAGUUUAAGUAUCUGGAGCUCUUGUUCACGAGUGAGGGUGAGAGGGAGCGGGAAAUCGACAGGCGGAUCGGUGCAGCGGCUGCAGUGAUGCGGACUCUGCACCAGUCGAGUAGAGCCAAAAGGCAAAGCUCUCGAUUUACCAGUAAAGCUACGCUCCUGCCCUUACGGGUCACAGGCUGUGGGUCGUGAUACAAGCGGCAGAAAUGAGUUUCCUCCGCACUCCGCAGGGUGUCUGGGCUCCUCCUUAGAGAUAGGAUGAGAAGCUUGGUCAUCCGGGAGGUCAAGUUGCUACUCCUCGACGUUGAGAGCAGCCAGUUGAGGUGGCUCGGGUAUCUGGUUCAGAUGCCUCCCAGACACUUCCCUUGAGAGGUGUUCCAGGCAUGUCCCACCAGCGGGAGAACCCGGGGAUGACCCAGGACAUGCUAGA